UUCAAUGCAUAACAACCUAUCUUAAGGACUCAAACUCCCCCUUUAUAAGCUAGAAGUUUUCCACAAAAAGUCUAAAUUAUCCAGAAGAAUGCUUUCUGGAGAACUUUAGAAUUCUGGGAAAGCUUUUAUAUUCAAUCAUGAAUAAAUUUCUUUUGCUAAUUUUGGUUCUCCAUUUCAUGUUCAUCAAUGUCAAAGCACAAAUGGCAGGGGAUAAUCAAGCUGCUUCACAACCUGUGCAACCAAGUCUUGCAGUUGUCAUAGGUAUCCUCUCAAUCAUGUUUUCAUUAACAUUUCUUCUUCUUGUCUACGCCAAAUUCUGUCACAGGAGAGGGUCCAUUCACAGCGAUCCACAAAACUUUGGAUUUAUUAGAUCAAGCUCUCGAUUUUCUGGGAUUGAUAAGACAGUGAUUGAGUCACUUCCAUUCUUUAGAUUCUCUUCACUUAAGGGGACAAAGGAAGGACUUGAAUGCUCAGUCUGCCUAUCCAAAUUCGAAGAUACUGAAAUGCUUCGAUUGCUGCCCAAGUGUAAACAUGCCUUUCACAUUGACUGCAUCGACAAUUGGCUUAUAAAGCAUUCAAGCUGUCCUCUUUGCAGGCAUAAGGUAAGCCCUGAGGACCCAACAAUUUUUACAUACACAAAUAGUAUGAGAUUGAUGAACCAGUCUGAGCUGAGACAAGACUCUAAUAUAGAGCUCUUUGUCCAAAGAGAAGAAGAUCAUCACGGAUCUUCAAGAUUCAGCAUUGGAAGCAGCUUUCGAAAAACUGAAAAGGGUAAUACAGAAGAAAAACCAUUAAUAUUCCAAGAAGAAGCUGACAAUAAUGAUGAAAACAACAAAGUCUUGCACAAGCACAACCACAAGAUUAUUGUAUCUGACUUUAUUUUCAACAACCGGUGGAGCAGUGUGAGUUCUUCAGACCUGAUGUUCUUGAACUCGGAGUUGCUUAGUGCUACAUCAAGCUAUAGAUUCUCUUCUUUGGAUUGGAAUAACGAGCAGUCCUCAACACCCAGAUCUUUAGAAAAUGGACAUAUUGUGAAGAUUAAAGAGGAGAUGGAGUUGAAGAGAUCAUUUGAGACCAAGGUUAGUACACUCAACAAAACUAGUCCAGUUUCAUUUCCGGGUCUUCCUUCUACAUCAGAUUCCACACCAAAUUUGAGUCAGACAUCAAGGUAUAUGAAUCCAACCGAGAGAAGAUCAAUGUCAGAAAUAACUGCACUUUCAAGAUAUGAAGAUAUUUCUGGUAUAAAGAACAGAAUUAGAGAGUCUUCUUUGAUUGAAAACAAUGUUAAAGCGGAAAGAAUGAGGCGGCUUUGGUUCCCAAUUGCCAAAAGAACAGUUAAGUGGUAUGCCAAUAGAGAAAGAAGGUCCCAACAGUCUCAGAACACACAACGAGUAUUAGAUGUAUAAAUCACAAAGAUACAUCUCCACGUAUGUUCUUUCCACUACUGUUAUAUAGUUUGAAUGUUCUUGAAUUUGGCUGAUAUUUAUUGAGAUGAAAGUCAGCUUGGAAUUCAUUGAUACAGUUUCAUAUUAGA